CCAAGUUAUUCGAGUUAAUCUUUGAAUUGUUACUAUUUUGUUGAGAUGUUUCGAUAUAUGUUCUUAAAGUCGCCAAAAACUUGUGUAAAUCUAAAAGUUUUUUCCGUGAAUCUUACUCAGAGUUCAGCCGAGAACAUAAAUGAUGAUAAAUAUAAAUUUCUAUCCGAAGAACAUAUAGCAGAGGCUGUAAAAUUAUCUCCAGCACUUUUUACGGUCCCGUUGGAAAAAUGGCGGACAGCUCAUGAGACUUUCCUUAAUCACGGUUUGUCAACUCAAAAUUUUCUACAAAUUGCCACUGGUAAUCCCAAAGUUUUAAUGCGUUCACCAAAGAAAGUUAUUGAGGCGCUAGAAUUUUGGCGUACUUGUCAAUUCGGUGAAUAUUUUCUAUUCCUUUUAAUUACCAAGUAUCCUGAAUUGUUGGAUGUAAAUGAUCAGCAGAAACUACUGAGGCAUAUUUCUUUUUUAAAAAGUUACGUCAAUACCGAUAAAAAUGUAUGGAAACUUUUAAUGACUUGUCCAUCCUUAAUGCAAGAUUCUGUAAAAAAUAUUGAAGCCAGAAUGUCGUAUUUCAAAGAUGUGAUGGCUUUAGAAAUACCGGAAGUUAUUAAAUCCGAGGCAUUAACAAAACCCUUGGAGGAAAUUAAAUGUCGUCACAUAUUCAUGAAGAGAUUAUGCUUAUUCAAGCCAAGACCGAAGAAAGUAGAUCCCGAUGAAUUCACCGACAAUCCCCGUUUAUAUAAAAUUACCGAUACUUCAGACAAAACGUUUGCUACGAAAAUAUGUCAUGUGACUGCAGAAGAAUACGAAAGCUUUAAAAUAUUGUUUCAUAGAGAAAUGCAGCGCAAGGAGGAAGAAAAUGAGAACGAAGAUUUAUUAAGUGAUGAUGAUGGCAAUUAAUUUUGAAGUGAUAUGAAAAAUAUAUUUAAUUAAAAUUCUAAAAUCUGUGUCAAAUAAUUAUUGCAAAUUGCAAUACAAGUGUACGAGUAUGUCGCUAGAGAGAUCGGCACAAUUACCAGGUUCAAAAUGUCAUUCAAGAGAAAGAUAUCAAAUUGAAUUAAUUUAAUUUUGGGUUUCUAAUAUAGUAUAAUUUUAUUACCUCAAUCUCAAGACAAGCAUGAAGCACUUUUCGCCUUGCUCUAUGAAAAUUAAAUUGAAUUCGAGUCU